UUCCCAAGAGGUACAAAUGGGUCUGAAGUUCUGCGUUCGCUUGCAUUAGUUUAUUGAAGAGAACAGUGAAUUUGUGUGUACUAGAUAUUCCCUGUUAAUUUAGAAAGCGUUCUGUUCGCUCCCACUUGGAAAAGGAACAAACCGAGAGUCACAUCAACUUCCACAUUAUGUUCUAUAAUAUUCCUCAGCGUGUACACUUCGUGAUUCCUCUUGAUCUCCAAGGUCACACAAGUUCUAGUCAACUUGAAAGACUUUGACUGAUCAUCUGAUGCUGUCUGUUUUCUGUUUCCAUUCAUCGAAGUGCUUAGCUAUGGAAACAUCGAAACUAGAUGGUGUCGGUGCUGAUCGAGAUACUUACGCCUCUCUGGGAUUGGAUAAGUCCAGCAACGAUGAUUCGGGAACACCCCAGAUUUUGUUCGAUAUGGCUUCUGCUCUGGAGAAGUCUAUACGGAGAAACGAGAAAUUAUCGAAGCCCUCGAAGCGAAAGGAAGGCGUUACCAUCUUCCACGGGUCAAGGGCGCCCACCAUGAGCGUUCGGCAGUACCUCGAGCGCAUUUGCAAGUACACGAGCUGCAGCAUGUCCUGUUUCGUCGUAGCAUACAUCUACAUCAACCGGUUCCUUGAAAGAACAGCCGGCUGUCUCACUUCACUUAACAUCCACAGGCUCUUGAUAACUAGCGUGGUGGUCGCUUCCAAGUUCAUAGACAACGCGGGUGCCAACAAUUCUUAUUUUGCUAAAGUGGGAGGAAUAAGCAAUGCGGAAAUGAACAGGAUGGAGGUCAACUUUCUCUUCAAACUCGACUUCCGACUCUGCGUAUCGCCAGAGGAGUUAGAGAUAUAUCGUUCACAGUUGCAGACAGAAGGCAGCAGCAAAUACCAGAUUGAUCGCUCGAUCAAGUGUUGCGGAAUCAGAGAAGGGUGGCUCAAGAAAGACAGUGAUAAAUGCACAUCCGCCAAUGCAGGGCUCAGUUGCAGAGCCAUUUGAGUCAAAAUGUUUCUUUCAUUUUAUGAUGCCUGGCCAGGAAGGGCACUUUGCUCAUUUCUUUCCUUCUAACUUUGUUCCGUCGCAAUGUCUUAAGUCGUCGAACUUUAUAAAAGUCUCUUGCUUUACAAGGUCUAU